UUUAUGAUGGUGCUUAUUUGCCUUAUCUUCAGUGUCUUAUCUACUAUUGAUCAGUAUGAAUCAUUUGCCAACGAAACUUUAUUUGGAAUGGAAAUAUUUCUUGUGUGCUUUUUUGGUGUUGAAUAUGCUAUAAGGUUGUGGUCAGCCGGAUGUCGUAGUAAAUAUAUGGGUCUACAUGGAAGGAUACGUUUUGCAAGGAAGCCCAUUUCUAUCAUAGAUUUAAUAGUGGUUGUAGCAUCCUGUGUUGUGUUUACUAUUGGAUCUGAGGGUCAAGUUUUUGCCACAUCAGCAAUAAGGGGUGUAAGAUUUUUACAGAUUUUACGCAUGUUACAUGUAGAUAGACAAGGUGGUACCUGGAGAUUAUUAGGUUCUGUGAUAUAUCUUCAUAGACAGGAGUUAAUCACAACAUUGUAUAUAGGUUUUCUUGGCCUUAUUUUCUCCUCCUAUUUUGUGUAUCUAGCUGAAAGGGAGGAUGGAAAGGCAGAUUUUGCAAGCUAUGCAGAUGCCCUUUGGUGGGGUGUGAUAACAGUAAUGACGAUAGGUUAUGGUGAUAAGGUGCCACAAACAUGGAUGGGCAAGAUAGUUGCCUCCUGUUUUGCCGUUUUUGCAAUAUCAUUUUUUGCUCUUCCAGCAGGUAUUUUAGGUUCAGGUUUUGCCUUAAAGGUUCAACAAAAACAGCGCCAAAAACAUUUCAAUAGACAAAUUCCAGCAGCUGCUACACUUAUUCAGUGUCUCUGGAGGUGCUAUGCAGCAGAUCACACAUCUAAAUCAGAGGCUACGUGGAAAAUACAUGUUCAUGAUCCAUCAUCAGAAGAAAAUGUACUGGCUAGAGUAGCCAGAAGAGCCAGUUUGACUUUAAGAAAGAGAAGAAUGUCUCGUUUAGAUUCAGCUGUUAGUAAUCAUUUCCACAGAGAAAGUGUUUCCUCUAUAUCAUAUAAUGAUGAUAAAUCAGGAUCAGGUUAG